AUGUCCCCCGUCUAUCUUCAUACCCGCCGCGUCUUUUUCUUCCGCUCCCGCAGCUCAACGAAGGGAAGCGCGCCCACCGAGAGCAAUGGCGCCGCGACGGUGACGCCCGCGGUCACCGACUUGCCCUCCCACGCUGGCGACAUCCCUGAAGCCGCCCAGUCGCCCCCAGCGCCCGCUGCGGACGCGCUCAAGCCAGCUGAUCAUGACGAGAAGGGCUCCAGUAGGCCCACCGACAACGGCCGGCGGCGGUUCACAUGGCUCGCUGCCAGUUUCGCGAGCAAGACCAGCAAUGACGACGAAGCCAAAUCCCCUCCUACUAAACUCUCAGCCGGGCAGGAAAAGAAGGAGGGGCAUAAGCUCACAGACGCUGCCGACGCCACGCCCCCGCUAAUCCGCACGCGCUCGCAGGAGCGCGCCCGGCAAUCCGCGAUGGUCCUGCGCGACGUUAUCGUCGGCCCGUCGUCCCUCGUGCCGGUAAAGGCGAAGAAGUCUAACGCGGCUGAGCUGGAGAAGGCCAAGGCGCAGCUCUUGCAGCCCAAGACGGCUAACAAGGUCAUCGAGCAGCUCAGGCAGCUACCCUCCUCUGACGAGGCCGUCGGGACGACUCCGAGCGGAGAGGCGGUGGCUGCACCGCCUAAAGGUCCUAUACAUGCUGUUUGUUUAUUGUAUACGGACAAGGAAGCCCAUGAGAAGCACUUUGCAAAGCUCGUUCAGAGUAUGCCCAGCACAGAGGGCGCGGAGACAGCGCCUGCGGCGACUGUAGAGCGCGUGCACGUCGAGUCGCAAGAGAUCGCUAGCGUGGUUACUGCGCCACUCACCCAGUUGAGGAUGGUCUUUUCAGAGAUUAAUGUCGAGAGCUUAAUGCAAAUGGACUUGGGCAUCGGCGAGCCUGGCGAUGGUCCAGGAAUCUUGAGCGGCGCUGUCCCCACUGCGGAGACAAUUAUCAAUGGGGUUGAACAGAUCACUCCACAGCUGAUGGCGCUCGGCUAUGCGACUGGUAAGGCUGUCUUGCCUGACCAUACUGGCAUAUACCCUCCGACCGACCGCAUGUCGGUGAUUACUUAUUGGUGGGGGUUUGAGGUCGUCAUGCCACGCCCUUCCAUAGCCUACCUUCAGAAUGUUCCCUCUGUUGCGCAUGCAGUGAUGAACUUCCUCACCGCGCUGGCGAUCGUGCAGGGCGGCGUGCGGGAGAUCCUCCCAUUCGUGCGCUACAUCUCGCAGUUCGUUGACACUGAGUUCAAGAUGAUCAAAGAGCAGGACAAGGGCAAAGGUGUCAUCUGUGCUGCCACUUGGAUCAUGCCUGCUGCACUUGUGCCCCGGCCGUGGGACUUCUCUCAACCGCCCGCGAAGGUGACGCAGCCGUCUGUGACUGCUCCAGCAGACAUCACUGCCUCAGAUACUCCAGUCGAUCCUGCUACUUCCAUUCCUCAAGGGCCUGUGCCCAUACCCGCGCAGACAGAGACAGACGUGCCCGUACCCAGCGCACCUUCCGAUGUUCCUCCCACCGGAAAUACGGUACCCCUUUCCUCUCCGAACCCAGCCUAUAUUGCUCCAGCCUCGGCUAUCCCUGUUUCCGAAAAGGCUGGAGAGGCCCUAAGCAUUGAAAAGCCUAGUGCUGCUGAGGUGCCUGCUAUUGCUGUAGCGGCGUGA